ACCACAGGCCCCGGGGCGCGGGGGCCGGAGCGGCGCCUGGGUCGCGUUCUCGCCGCCGCUCAGUGGGUGGGCUUUAGGACCAGGCGGGUGGCUUGCAGUACUUUCCCGGGGAGCUAGUCGCCGGAUUGAUUUUCCGCCUCCCCACGCGGGUGUGAACCCCCACCCCCUGCCUGCCUCGGGCUCGGCUCCAGGUGACGCUUCUCCAGUAACCGCAAGGAGGGAGCUGAGCGCGGGCGGCGCCCACCCCCCGGGCUGGCAUCCCCAUCGCCGCCCUCCGUGCUCGGCGCGCCGCAGGGAGCAGUAGCCUCAGCCGCCGCCGAGCCCGGGACCGAGCCGAGCUCCGCGGGGCAGGGCAGGACGACGAGCGCGCGCGCCGGCCGGGCCCCGGGGCUCGCCCCCAGCAUGAGAGCCGAGGGCGCGCGAGGCGACGGGGCGGACGCGGGCAUCGAGAGGUUCUUCAGCCCCGGCAAAGGCCGGGGGCUGCGGGCCCGCCAGCGCUACGGCGUCGGGGACCUGCUCUUCUCCUGCCCGGCCUACACCUACGUGCUCACGGUCAACGAGCGGGGCAACCACUGCGAAUACUGCUUCGCCAGGAAAGAAGGAUUGUCGAAAUGUGGAAGAUGUAGACAAGCAUUUUACUGCAAUGUGGAGUGUCAGAAAGAAGAUUGGCCCAUGCACAAGCUGGAGUGUUCUGCUAUGUGUGUGUUUGGGGAAAACUGGAAUCCCUCCGAGACUGUGAGGCUGACUGCAAGGAUUCUGGCCAAACAGAAAACACACCAUGAGAGAACACCAUCAGAGAAAUUAUUGGCCGUAAAGGAGUUUGAAUCACAUCUGGAUAAGUUGGACAAUGAGAAGAGAGAAUUGAUCCAGAGUGACAUUGCUGCUCUUCAUCAUUUUUAUUCCAAGCACAUAGAAUACCCAGACAAUGCUAGCCUGGUUACACUUUUUGCACAGGUUAAUUGCAAUGGCUUCACAAUUGAAGAUGAAGAACUUUCACAUUUGGGAUCAGCAAUAUUUCCAGACGUUGCACUGAUGAACCACAGUUGUUGUCCCAAUGUGAUUGUCACCUAUAAGGGGACCCUGGCUGAAGUGAGAGCUGUGCAGGAAAUAAACCCUGGAGAUGAGGUUUUUACUAGCUAUAUUGACCUGCUGUAUCCUACAGAGGAUCGGAAUGACCGAUUAAAAGACUCCUAUUUCUUUACAUGUGAGUGCAGGGAAUGUACUACCAAAGCAAAGGAUAAAGCCAAGGUGGAAAUCCGAAAACUAAGUGAGCCCCCAAAGGCUGAAAGCAUCCGAGACAUGGUGAAAUACGCACGGAAUGUCAUCGAGGAGUUUAGGAGGGCCAAGCAUUAUAAAUCCCCUAGCGAGCUGCUGGAGAUCUGUGAGCUCAGCCAGGAGAAGAUGGGCUCCUUGUUUGAAGACAGCAAUGUGUACAUGUUACACAUGAUGUACCAGGCCAUGGGUGUCUGCCUAUACAUGCAGGACUGGGAAGGUGCCUUGCGCUAUGGACAGAAAAUCAUUAAGCCCUACAGCAAACAUUACCCACUGUAUUCCCUAAACGUGGCCUCCAUGUGGCUCAAGCUAGGAAGGCUGUACAUGGGGCUAGAACACAAAGCUUCAGGAGUAAAAGCCCUGAAAAAGGCUAUCGCUAUUAUGGAAGUAGCUCAUGGCAAAGAUCAUCCCUACAUUUCCGAGAUUAAAAAGGAAAUUGAAGACCACUGAACCUAUGCAAUCCCUUCACAGCUUUUAUUUAAAUUCGUUGUGGAAACCUCAGAGAAUUGAGUGCAUGAGGGUCCCUUGGAAGCAUGGCCCUCUGGCAUUUCUCUAAUAGAACUGGAAUGAGAAACAUUUGAUGCACUUAAAACCUUACUUACCUAUUGCUUACUCAGAGGUUUGUUUUAAGCUUCUUAAUCCUUCAAUAUGAAAUUAGUUUUUGGAUGCUUUUUUCUAAGAGAUAAUGCCGUGGUUUCGUACAAUAUACUUUUGACAGAUAAGUUGGAAGAGAAAAAAAAAUCCAUUUUUUUCCCUUCCUCUUUGCCUGUUUUAAUGUUCAGAAUAAAUCUGAGUGGUGUAAGGUAAUAAAAGGGAUAAUGAAAGCCCUUA